ACGCGCUUUGUCUCGCUCGCUCGAGAAAAAAGAAGACGCGCUCGUGAGACGUCAGUUGAACAUGGCGUUGAGCUGUCAACGGUCACCAGUAGAGAGGAACUAACGCUGCCACGGCAACAGAGAGGAACUAACGCUGCUAUGGCAACAGCGCUAAUCUGACAACCAGCGAAGAGGACUGUGAGCAUACAUUUAUCUGCGUUUCAAUCAUCUACCUUUUUUUUUCUUCCUGCCAUUUCUUUCGGACUCAAAAAAAAGGGGGGCGGAGGAGCAGUGUAGUUGACAGCUUCAGCCUCAGCCUCAGCUAACAUUUAUAAACGUGGACUUGACUACAAAAUGUGGAGCAACCUUUCAAGCCGACAAUAACCUACCUUUACGCGGUGUAGUAGGGAGGAAGAAGCUGUUUAAUAUCGACAAUAAUAAUAAUAAUAACAACAUGAUGAUACUGUCGUGAUCUGUUGCUCGUAUUUUUUGAUACUGUCACUUUAAAAAUCCGACUCACCUGAGCGUCGUAUGCUGCUUUCAUAUCGUGUUAUAUAGUUUACAGUCGGAUUGCAUAUCGUUAAAAAAAGAAAAAAGAAAGAAAGAGAAAUGUCAGACAACCAGAGCUGGAACUCCUCCGGCUCCGACGAGGAUCUGGAGCCCAAAGAAGAGCCAGGACAGCCCGCUGGUAUCGCCGAGUUCAGCGGUACCCUCAGUAAGUGGACAAACUAUAUCCACGGCUGGCAGGACCGCUGGGUGGUUCUGAAGAACAACACGCUGAGCUACUACAAAUCUCAGGAUGAGACGGAAUAUGGCUGUCGGGGUUCCCUCUGCCUCAGCAAAGCCGUUAUUACUCCUCACGAGUUUGACGAAUGCCGGCUGGACAUCAGCGUUAACGACAGCGUGUGGUACCUGAGAGCGCAAGACCCCGAACACAGACACCAGUGGAUCGACUCCAUCGAGAUCCACAGGAGUAUCAGAGAAGGAAGGAGAGAGAAGGGAGGAAUCCAGGGAACAAUAAUCAUCCCUCCACCACUGGCUGAUUCUGGAUAUGGCUCAGAGUCCAGUCUGCGGAGACACGGCUCCAUGCUGUCUCUCACAUCAGCCACCAGCGGCUACUCCGCAACCUCCACAUCCUCAUUCAAGAAGGGCCACAGCCUGAGAGAGAAGCUGGCAGAGAUGGAGACCUUUAGAGAUAUUCUGUGCAGGCAGGUGGACACACUGCAGAAAUACUUUGACAACUGUGCGGAUGGUGUGUCCAAAGACGAGUUGCAGAGAGACAAAAUCGUGGAGGAUGAUGAGGAUGAUUUCCCCAACACUCGGACAGAUGGAGAGUUUCUGCACAACAACAACGGCAGCAAAGAAAAAUUGUUCCAGUCCUUGAGUCCCAAGGGAAUUAAUGGCAUAGACUUUAAGGGUGAGGCCAUCACAUUCAAGGCAACCACAGCCGGGAUCCUGGCCACUCUGUCCCACUGCAUCGACCUCAUGGUGAAGACAGAGGACAGCUGGCAAAAGAGACUGGAUAAGGAGAUGGAGAAGAGGCGAAGAAUAGAGGAUAGCUACAAAUCAGCCCUGAAUGACCUGAAGAAAAAGUCUCACUUCGGAGGUCCAGACUAUGAGGAGGGUCCAAACAGCCUCAUCAAUGAGGAUGAAUUUUUCGACGCGGUUGAAGCUGCUCUCGACAGACAAGACAAAAUAGAAGAACAGUCUCAAACCGAGAAGACAAGAAACCAUAGAUCCAGUCCGGUUCCUCCUGGAGACGUUUAUUCGAGCUCCAGCUCUCACAGAUUCUCUGAAAAGCCUCAUAAUCAGUCCUCCCCUGCUCAGAUAAUCAGGGCUUCUCCUCAGGAAGUCCACAGAUUCAGCACACAGGUGGAGGAGAUGGUGCAGAAUCACAUGACCUACUCGAUGCAGGAUGUGGGCGGAGACGCCAACUGGCAGCUGGUCAUAGAGGAGGGAGAAAUGAAGGUGUACAGGAGAGAGGUGGAGGAAAAUGGGAUUGUUUUGGACCCUCUGAAGGCCACACAUUCAGUAAAGGGGGUGACGGGUCACGAGGUCUGCCACUACUUUUGGGACACUGCCUACCGCAACGACUGGGAGACCACCAUUGAGAACUUCAACGUGGUGGAGAAGUUGUCGGAAAACGCAAUAAUUACAUAUCAAACGCACAAGCGGGUGUGGCCUGCGUCUCAGAGGGACGUGCUGUACCUGUCUGCCAUGAGAAAGGUCCUGGCCAACAACGAGAACGACCCAGACACCUGGCUGGUCUGCAAUUUCUCCGUGGAUCAUGACGAGGCACAGCCGACCAACAAGUGUGUCCGAGCCAAAAUCAACAUCGGCAUGAUCUGUCAGACCCUUGUCAGCCCACCAGAGGGAGAUAAAGAGAUCAGCAGAGACAACAUCCUGUGUAAAAUCACCUACGUUGCCAAUGUGAAUCCUGGAGGCUGGGCUCCUGCCUCCGUGCUCAGGGCCGUGGCGAAAAGGGAGUACCCCAAAUUCCUCAAGCGCUUCACCUCCUACGUGCAGGAGAAAACUGCUGGCAAACCCAUUUUAUUCUGAGGCUCACAGAGAGCAAGAACUGAACUGCACGAGAAGCUUUGAGGACCCGACAGCUGCUCUGCUGCCGUGAACAGUCGACCUCCUCAAGAGAUUUUGUGUUUUUUUUUUUUUUAAUAGCUACAGGUUGUUCUAGUAGGGGAGGGAAGGCCAUGAUGGCGCCCUCUGGUGGCUGCAUUCAAACAGUGACAUUAAUUCAUAUGAGAGCCAUUUUUAGCCAAUUAAAGGCUACAUUGAUAUCAUUUAAAAAAAGAGAAAUUACUACUAGUUUCCCCCCUUCUUUGUGAUUUAAUUGAUAAAAUACUGAGCUUAUAUCAUUUAAAAAAGAAAUGAUAACCAGUUUCCCCCCUUUCGUCUUCUUUAAUUGAUAAAAUACUGUACUUUUGAGUAUUAUAGUAGAGAUAGUAUUAUUAAUAGACACCUGAAUAAGAGUUUUUAUCAGUCUCUCUUGGAUGAAUGCACUCAACAGCGGGCUGACGUGUCACUUUCCUUCCUCUCUUUCUCCUCUUCCUCUCUUAGCCGCUCGUAACGCCACAGUUUUCUUUCAAGCUCCUGUAGUAGACAGACGUAGAGCGGCCAGCGUGUCUUUUCUGGCAGAUGUAUUAAUAUAUAAAUGUACGUAUGUUCCAUAAGAGGUUUGUACAAAAGAGAUAUAAGCAGAAAAAGAAAAGAAAAAAAACUCUAACGCUGAUAGACUGAACUAUUUUCUUCUCGCCAUUUAUAGUUCCUAUUUUGCGUUGAUGUUUUUUUCAUAAUUAAUAAUUCCCCAGCGUUCUUUUUGAAGCUGCUAAUCUUUUGCUAGUAAAGAUUAAAAAUUAAAUUAAAGUCUAGAGGGUUGUCAUGACAACAGCAUGACCCCAAUGAUAUAAGACUUUGACAGUUUUGACUCAUGUCUCUCUCAUGAAAACACCUCUCUAUUGUUGGGUGUUCGAAGGCGGGACGAGUCUCUUAAAUAUAUAAAUAUAUAUAUUAUUUAAUGUACAAAAGAGAUUUCAUGUACAUUAUUUGCUUCGCUUUAUAAUUGUAUUUUUUUUUGUGUGUGUGUCAUGUUUAAUGAGUUGUAAAUAGAGUCACUAACAUUUCUGAAGCCCAGAUGAGCCCAGAUGCCUUAGUGUUAGAAAGAGAGAAACAAAUGAAUAAAUACAGACAGUGCUGUUAGUGCGCCUAUUAGUUUAAAUCACUAGUGAAGUGCCUCAUGGCUGUGCUCCCCUUUACUACUACAUCAUCUGUUUGUGUUUGUUUUUUCAGUUUUUCCACACAGAGAGGACUGGCAGAAUAUUUCUCACCAGUAUUAAAGUUAAAUUAAGUCAAAUUUCAGUUUAAUUUUAAGUGUAAUAAUCAUCACUCCCAAUCUGUCCCUGUCAGUAUUUCUAACAUAUAUUUUCUUUACAUGUGCUAAAUAUGUGACAGUCACAGUAUUGAAACUAUUCUGUUAAUGCGGUCAGAGUUUUUUUUAAUCAUGUGUUUUCUGUCUUUUAAAGAAAAGUUGGUUAUUCAUGUGCAAAGCUGCAAAAUCCAGAGUUUAAUAAGGAACUAUUCUGGGUUAAAUGCUUCACUUUCAUUUAUUUUUUUAGAGAACAAUUUAAUUAUAAUUGUUAAUUAACUGUUUUAUUUACUCGUGCUUGUAUGUUUUUGUAACCAUUACAAACAAUUCAGGGUCAAAUUUGAUCAGUUUUUACAUUUGAAAGCUGUAAAAACACACUAUACAUAUUUCCUCUAGGUGGACUUUUCCUAACGUGUACCUGAAUAUACAAAAAUGGAGAUAAAAUGCAUCAUUAUUUUUCAUUUUGUGCAGGUGAUACACAUUUUUUAUAUAUGCAAAUAUAUCCAAACUUGACCUGUGUUUAUUACAAAAUCCAAAAAUCAGCAUUCAAACAUGUUGUUAUAUUCAUCAUAGCCCAUAAAAAAUUAAGUGAUUGUGAAAGUCUUUUUUCCCACAUAAGGUGAAUCAAACAUGUAUUAAUGACUAACAGGUAAUUUAUGAAUGUGAAUGUGAACAGUAACUCUGGAUUUUACAGUUGUGCAGUUGAUACAGACUAAGAAGGUUAUUUGGAGAAGACAGAAUUCAGUUUAAGUUUCAUUAACUUUCAUCAUUUUGCAGAUUAUUCUCAUUAGAUUUCAAACCUGGAGCAUCAGUAUCUCUGUCUGACUGUUUAGCACUAUUUCCACCUGUAGACAGCACAAAAAAUGUUUCCUUUAGUCAAAUCAAUAAUGAUCCAUGUGUAGCUUUAUUUUUAAUUUUUAUUAUCAGGCUUCACUUUGAAAUCCUUUGAUGGAAUAAAAGUUUCUAUUAACUGUAAAUGACGGACUGGAGACAAAGUGAAGCCAGGUGAUCCAACAUCAGGCUGAAGCCCUUUUCUGACCUUUCUAAUCAAAGUUAAAGAAAGUUGUAAUUUAGAAAAAGCAUCAUUUUUUUUGUAAAUAAUUUGUUCAUACUAAUUGCUGUGGGAUCAACUUAUAAAUGUACUGUGACAAGGUGGCGCUUCUCCUGCCCUGUUUUUAAAAGUGAAAUAAAUAAGUUUAUCCUC